AUGGCGUUUGUUUCGAACAUCAAUUCCAAUGGCAUAAUAGCUACAGUCACGUCAUUGGAUGUGGUAACUUCAGCUCCGCUCCUACCGACUCCAAAGCCUAGUUUAAUCCCCGCUGUCCCACUGGCACAACCUACUGGAUCUCCUCAACUCAGCGACUCCACAGUCGCCUAUUCAUUGACCAUAUCCCAGCAAGCCAGCUUGGGUGAUAAUGAUCAAAGCUUUUCUUCGACAAUCUCUUUCGCUAAAUUGGCUUCGACUCCUAUACAUAGUUUGAUUCCCACCAGCAAACCCACCAUUAAUGCACUUGGAGUUGAGCCGGCAGCAAAUACCCAUACCUCUAGUCGAGCGAUUGCUACUACUUUGAUCGUCUUGCUCUUUUUUUUUGGGAUAAUCUUUAUUGCGGGCUAUUGGACUAGUGAUAGAGCCUCAAGAUUGAAAGGACUGCGUUGGACACGCUCUCCGGAAUCGAAAUGGCCUGGCUUUAGUUCGAGUCGUGUGGAACCUAAGCGGUAUAUAUCGAUGCGGCAAGUUCUUGAGGGUAGAACAGAACAACCUGCUGGUUUCAAAUUUGGCGUCGAUCAAUCUGCUGUUUCCCCUGGAUUCAAGCCCAAUAGCGAGAAAAGAAACCCGAUACAAUCUUACUUGAAUUACCGAAGAGCAUGCGCAACAGAUUCUUUGGAAGAGAUCAAUGAAGAGGGGGACUCCAUCAACCAAACAACGCUUUCGAAGAAAACUUCUAAACCUUCCAUCACGCCUGGUCUUGGCCCAGCCAGAUAUCGCUUGAAAACUGGCAAAUGGGGGGUGGGCUCAUCGAGAAAUCCAUUUGUAAACUCAAAUAGCAAGACCGCGCCGAAUCCACAUCCUUCCAGCUGUAGACAGACGUGCUGCAUUUCCCGCAUGGGUUUACCGGAGAGCAAAAAACAACGGGGGAUUCAUGGGCACCGGACUGAAGAUCUCGAAAAUAUCGGCACCGAUAUCGGAUUCAGCGAGUUCGGGAUUAAUCAACGCCACAGGGAGGCAGGCAGUAAUCGAUCAACUGGAGCCUCCUAUUUGCUUACCAGGUUGAAGGAGAGCAUCAGCGGACGCUCCAAGCUGAGUAGUGUUAGGUCAUCUGGGUGCCAAUUCCAACCUGAAUCGCCGUGUACGAAAGGGAAGGGGCCUGCAGAGUGGGAAUCAGAAGAUGAAAUCGAGAGCAAUACAGGGCCAGAAGACGCGAGCCAAUUGAGAUACCUUGUCCUUACGACCUUCAAUACAAACACUCCAACGAAAGAUAUUCCUCGCAAGCGCGAGCUCUCGCUUGCAGAGAUUCCAUUGCCCGAGAUGCCAGCUCUUGCUUGGGAUAUGACGGCUGCUGCUCCGAACGAACCGCGACUCCAUAAGACCCAAACCACCACCUCGGACACUUGCAGAAGAUACUACGAGGAAAUGUCGACCCCAACCAGGCCAAGACACAGCGAGUGGAUGCUAUCUUCGCAAACCUUUUCUCCCUCUUCGUUAAGCCCAGCCUCACCUGACACUCCGACAAGAAAGCUCGAAAAAUCAACCCCAAAUCUAACCGAAAAUCGCACCUACCUAGCCUCAUCCCGGCUUACUUUUUGA